AUGGAGAAAUUAUAAGAAAAAAAAUUAAAAGAUGUAAAAAUUGGAGCUAGAACAUUUAUAGUUACUGCUAAAGUCAUUUCUAAGGGAUCAAUAAAGUAUACCUACUAAGACAAAUCUUUUAAAAUUGAAAUAUACGAUGGCUCACUUGAGCAUAGCACACUCGUAUACUUUAAUUGCUAAGAUAUUGAAAAUUAUUAUGAGCAAAUUGAACUUGGUAAAGUUUAUAAAUUUUCCAGAGCAAUUAUUGCUAAGGAUGCAUAAAAAAAAGAAGCCAGAAAAUGUCUCAAGUACGAAAUGUUUAAUUCCUAAUAUAUUUAAUUAGUUGAAGAUGAAAGUAUAAACUUAAUCUAUGCUGCAGAUUUUAGCAAAUAUGAACUAAUUAAAAUAAAUCAAAUUUCAGAACAACAUUAAACAGACCAUUUCGAUAUUUUAGGUGUGGUAAUGGAAGAACCAUCUAAAGAAAGAGUUAAAGAUAGUGAAGGCAGAGAGUUGGAUACAAUAAAAUUUUUAAUAGGCGAUGAAACAAGACAUACUUUGCAAGUAUCCAUCAGAAAUGAAUAUGGACUUAAUUUAAAUCUAAAAAUCUUUGAUGUGGUUCUCAUUAAAUCAACUCAUGUUAAUGUUUAUGCCAAUCAAAAAAGUGUAGAUAGUGGUUCCGGAAUAUUAGUUAAUCCAGAUAUCUAGCAAGCUCUGGACCUUUUAUAUUCAUUUGAAAAAAUAAUCUAAGAAGAUGAAGAAGAUAUCGAUUAUAAAAAAGAUAAUUAAUUAGACAAUUCAUUUUUAACAGAUGGUAAAGAAGAAUGCAAAAGCAAUGAAUUAAAUAAGUAAAGAGCCUUGAAAUCAAAUAAGAAUAAGGAGUUUACAUAAAUUGGUGAAAAUAAAGUAUCUCUUCACUUCUAUGAUGUUAAAUCUAUCAAUUAUGUAGUACAGUAAGUAGAAGACUAGCUUGAAAGAGUGAUAAGACUUUCCUUAACACAUUCUACUUAAGAUCCAGCUUUUAUUAAGGAAUUCACAAAAUGUAUUUAUUCAGAAAUAGAAGGAGAAAUAUACUCGGCAGGUAUUGAAAAGAAACCUUUUUAUGUUGCAUGUAGUGUUUGCAAGAAAAAAAUAGAAAAUUAUCCUGUAAUUUAAAAGUGUUUCAAAAAGUGUGCAGGAGCUACAAUUAUAGCUAAGAUGGCGACUAACCUUAAUAUAGCAGAUGCUACCGGAGCACUUAGUGCUUUGGCAUUUAAUGAAUAGUGUGAAGAAAUAUUUGGUUUUGAUGCUGAGUUUAUGAAAAUUCUCUAUGAAUAUAAAAAUAGUUAGUAUUACCACAAAAAAGAUCCUACUUAUAGAGAUUUUAUUAGAUAAUCAUUUACAUAAAAAUUUAGGUUCCGUAUAUUAUCAGGUGUUCAAGUAUACGAAAAAAAAUAUUAAGCAAAGCACAAUAUCGUUGGUUGUACCAAAAUAAGUACUCUUCAAAAUAUUCAAGAAACAGCUUAAUCAAUAGAACUUCAUUUACAAAAAAGAAUUUUAUGA